CUCUUCCUUCAUCUCUCUCUCUCCUCUGUUCAAAAUUCUCUCUCUUCCUUCAUUUCACGUUUCCAGAUAGAGAAGCAAGCUUCAUAAGUUCAUACAAACCGACUAUAACAAGUUGAAUUACUUCCUUUUAGUCUUUCUUCCACACCAGUGUGAAAUCCGCUACGAAAUUCUUAAGUUGAUCAUAAGAAGAAGACAAUUGAAAGUUCAAUUUUUGGAAAGGAACCCAGAAUGGCAAAUAGUGAAGAGCUUAGGUCUGAGAAAGCACCUUCACCGCCUGUGGAUCAGGCCAAUCUUCAUGCAUAUCCUGAUUGGGCUGCUAUGCAGGCUUAUUAUGGUCCAAGGGUUGCUAUGCCUCAUUUUUAUGGUGCAAAUGUUGGUUCUGGUCAGGCAUCUCAUCCUUAUAUGUGGGGACAUCCACAGCCUAUGAUGCCACCUUAUGGUCCUCCUUAUGCUGCAAUUUAUGCCCAUGGAGGUGUUUAUGCAAAUCCUGGCAGUGUUCCUCCUGGUCCAGCUCCGAAUGCUGAAAACGCUACAAAAUCAUCAGGAAACACAGAACAUAGUUUGAGGAAGAAAUCAAAAGGAGCUGAGAAUGGUGAUAAUGGUGGAGGAGCUAACCAUACAGAUUCUCAGAGUUCGGAGACAGAUAAAUCAACUGAUGGAAGUAAUGGUAACACAGAUGGGGAGUGUCAAAUUCGUAAAAAAAUAUAUUGUCCCGAAGAUGGAAUCAAUGGAACUAGUUCUGGUUUGGUCGUAAAGGCUAAUAAUACUCCACAGCCUCAUCCCAUCAUGGCAAAUGAAACCUGGCUGAAAAACGAUAGAGAGCUGAAAAGGCAGAGGAGGAAACAGUCAAACCGUGAAUCUGCUAGAAGAUCUAGAUUGAGGAAACAGUCCGAGGCUGAGGAACUUGCGAAAAGAGUCGAUGCUCUCAUUGCUGAGAAUCUCUCCCUUAAAUCUGAAAUCAGUCGCGUAACUGAUAAUUCUAAGAAGCUGAAGUUCGAAAAUGCUGCACUACUGGAGAAUAUGAAAAGUUCUUCGACGGGGCAAAGAGGAGAUAGGAAUUUGAACAAGUCGGGUGGAAAACGAGUUCCUGUUAGCACGGAAAAUCUUUUGUCGAGAGUUGACAAUUCUGUCCCUGUGAGGGCAGAUGCAUAAUAAAAUAUACGAUAUGAGGUAUUUUUUUUCAUAGUAACAUAAAUUUUUAGUCGUAAUUGAAAACCGAAAAGAAUUGCUAACAAAAGAACGAACCAAUCGAAAGAAAGCUGGAUAGUGAGAUUUUAAAACUGUUGUUGCGAUUGUACAUAGUGUUGUUGCUUGGUUUGCGUUAUUUAGGAUGAUUUUGUAUCUCUAAUGUAUAACUUUUAUUUUUCUUUGAUGGAGUAUUUUAUUUGAAAAUGAUGAUCAUUUGAUCAUAAUA